CCUCACCGGUCUGAUGCCCGUUAAACCUCACUUCCGAUUCCAGAAUUGUGUAGGGUGUAGCUGCCUUUCUCACUGUUCAUCAAUGGUCAAUCAAUUCUGAGAACAUUUGAGCUUCGAAAUCAUCCUCCAGUCACCGUUUCUGAGUUGUUGUGGCAGAAACCGAAGAAGAGAAAUCACAAGCCCUACUUAUCUCGUGUACUGCGAAUUGAAAGCAGAAAAUGUCGGUUCAGGAGUAUCUGGACAAGCAUAUGCUCUCUCGGAAAAUAGAAGACGCCGUUAAUGCUGCUGUUAGGGCAAAAACACAGGAUCCUGUGCUCUUCAUCUCGAAUCACAUGAAGAAGUCCGUUCCAUCCGUCAUCACAAACGUCAAAGCCAGGCAAAUUCUGGAUAGCAGAGGGAUUCCCACUGUUGAAGUCGAUUUGUACACCAAUAAGGGAGUUUUUCGAGCUUCAGUACCCAGCGGAACAUCAACUGGAAUGUACGAGGCCAUUGAAUUGAGAGAUGGAGACAAGGGAACAUAUCUUGGUAAUGGUGUCAGUAGAGCUGUUAAGAAUGUUAAUGAAAAAAUUUCUGAAGCUUUAAUUGGUAUGGAUCCAACUCUUCAAGUUCAAAUUGAUCAAGCCAUGAUAGACUUGGACAAGACAGAGAAGAAGGGUGAACUUGGGGCAAAUGCGAUUUUAGCAGUCUCAGUGGCUGCUUGCAAAGCAGGGGCAGCAGAAAAGGAGGCACGAUUAUCAACUUAUGUUCCACUGUACAAACACAUAGCUGAUCUUGCUGGAAAAACAAAUUAUAGUCUUCCUGUCCCAGCUUUCACUCUCAUAAGUGGUGGAAAACAUGCUGGGAACAAUUUGGCAAUUCAGGAAAUUUUAAUUCUUCCUGUUGGGACGAGAAAAUUUGAGGAGGCACUGCAAAUAGGAUCUGAAACUUAUCAUCAUUUGAAGGCUGUGAUUACAGAAAAAUAUGGUUCACAUGGAUGUAAUGCAAGUUUCCUCACUAUGUCCUAUUUCAUAAAGGAAGGUUUGGAUUUUGUAAACGAGGCCAUUGGACGAACAGGGCACAGCGAGAAAAUUAAAAUAGCAAUUGGUGUCGCUGCUACUCAGUUUUGCAUAGGUCCUGUUGGGCAUACAUCUGCAUUGUUCUGGUCUUUUGAGAGUGAGAAAAGGUCUUCUGGUACCAAGUAUGAUUUGGAUUACAAAUCACCAAAUAAAUCUGGUCAAAAUUUCAAAUCAGGAGAGGACAUGAUUGCUAUGUACAAAGAGCUCUGCGAAGCCUACCCUAUUGUUUCGAUUGAAGAUCCAUUUGACAAGGAAGACUGGGAGCAUUCGAAGUACUUCUCUAGUCUUGGAAUAUGCCAGGUUGUAGGAGAUGACUUAUUGACAUCAAAUCCUAAACGAAUUGAGAGAGCCGUGCAGGAGGCAACUUGCAAUGCUCUUCUGCUUAAGGUGGGGACUGUAACUGAAGCCAUUGAAGCUGUAAAGUUAGCUAAGGAUGCAAACUGGGGUACAGUGAUAUCUCAAAGAAGUGGGGAAAGUGAAGAUUCGUUCUUAUCCGAUUUGGCUGUUGGUCUUGCUGCUGGUCAAAUUAAGGCGGGUGCUCCCUGUCGUGGGGAAAGGCUGGCAAAGUACAAUCAGUUGUUAAGAAUCGAGGAAGAACUUGGGGAUCAAGCAUUUUAUGUCGGUGAUGACUGGAGGCACUGUUGACAAAAAGUUCUCGUCAAGAUGAUUUUCCUUGCACUAUCUUGCGAUGAUGCAAGUUGUUUUUGUGUUUCUACAUGUGAUAUUAUGGUACACGGGGGAUGGAGAAAAUCCCCUAGGUUUCAAUUACGCUGAUUGUAGAUUUGAAAGAUUGUGAAGCAUGAGAGAGUUUUGAAAAAGAAAAUAAAAAAAUCUGACUAUUAUACCUAAAAAAAGGUUAGAGUCAAAUAGGAGAGUACUACUUCGAGUUUAAUUGCACCCAUGCAAUUGCUACAGUCGAUUGAAUUUGGUUCGUGGUGGGUUCAAUUUUUUAUUGAGGAAAUUACAUCCCCUACUUUAAGUUAUGAUAUAUAUUACACUUGUGC